AUGCAAACAAACACCUUGCUCCAGUUGGCUUUAUGCCUUCUCACAAUCAAUGUCAAUCCUGCGCUGGCAUUCUGGCGUCUACCAUGUCAGAAUCCAAUUGUGGUCCAGAGAUCUGAUCCAGUUGUCUCUCCAGGUAGUGUCUCUGGUCAUGUUCAUACCAUCAUGGGUGGUAAUGGCUUUGGAUUCUCUAUGAAUUAUGCUUCUACCCAAGCAUCAACUUGCACUUCUUGUACUGUCACGAAGGAUCUUUCCAAUUAUUGGACUCCAACUUUGUAUUACAGAGCUCAAAAUGGCAGCUUCAUCUCUGUCGGCCAAAAUGGUGGUGUUACAGUUUACUACUUGCAGCGAAGCGAUCCAUUAGAUCCCGAGUACUCCAAGGGCCUGUUGGCCUUCCCCGAAGGCUUCCGUAUGGUUGCGGGGAAUCCAUUCCUUCGAUCAUACAAUGCAAGCUCUCUAGAGCAACAAGCAGUCACUUAUGUCUGUCUCGGUACUGAUAAGCCUCAAACAAAUGGAUUCCCAAAUUACCCAUGCCCAUACGGACUCCGAACACAAGUCUUUUUUCCAUCAUGCUGGGAUGGGAAGAAUCUGGAUUCUCCUGAUCACAAAUCUCACAUGGCCUAUCCUAGUCUUCAAGAUAGUGGAAAUUGUCCGUCUACCCACCCAAAACGUUUUGUCUCUAUUUUCUACGAGAUUCUCUGGAAUACUCCUGAUUUUGCUGAUAAAUGGUAUGGUAAUUCGCAACCAUUCGUCUGGUCUAUGGGAGACCCAACUGGCUAUGGAUUUCACGGUGACUUUGUCAAUGGCUGGGAUGUACCAACUUUACAAAGAGCCGUUAAUGAAUGCACCGAUGAAAGUGGAGUCAUAGAAAAAUGUCCCGUCUUUCAACUCACAACCAACGAGGUAGCAAACGGUUGUCGAGUUCCUCCAUCAGUUCACGAGCAAAUUUCGGGUGUUUUGCCCAAGCUUCCCGGUUGCAAUGAAGUCCAAAACGGCCCUGGAAAUGCCAGUCCACAAAGUGGAUGUGGUGCUACCACCACCAUUGGUACACCAAUGUGGCCUUAUACUGACGUUACGAAGUCAAAGAGUUUCGCAUACAUGGGAUGUGGUUUUGAUACACCAGGCAUGACGAUUGAAAAAUGUAUUGAUUACUGCAACAGCAAAGGCUUUAGUAUUGCCGGUUUGGAAUAUUCUACCCAAUGCUUCUGCGAUAAUAAGAUGCUUGCUGGUAGAGAUCCAGUGGCAGGUCUUGUAGGAGGCUGUACGAUGCCAUGCUCUGGCAAUGAUAAACAAAUUUGUGGAGAUGCUGGUUUACUUUCACUUUACAAGAAGUGUCCAAGUUCUAAUAACUGCGCCAAUAUUCAGUACCCAUUCAAUACUGGACCCAAGAAGCGCAAGUCCGAAGAAAGACGCGAGAGACGUCAAAAGCGCGAUAGCGAGUAUGUUUGCCCUUCAAACAGUGUGCUGGCUUCUUCUUUUCAUACCUCUGUUUCCCCUUCUGGUUCUGGUUCUGGUUCUCCUGUCUCUUCAUCCUUCUCCUCCUCCUCUUCUUCUUCUUCUUUUGCAAAUUUGUCUACAAACUCACUGGCGUCUUCAACAUCGCCAAGUUCAACACCAGCAAUAUCAAAUUUGGGCAAUAUAAUACUAUCAUCCCCAACUAACAAUUCUCCAGCCUCAACCCAAGCGUCUAGUGCAUCGAGAUCGAAUCCCGCAGGAUCUUCUGUGAAGCAUCCCGUCGAAUCGACUUCGAAGUCUUGCGACAAAGAAACCAAUGCUUCAUCUCUUUCUCAUGCUUCCGGAGUCAAAAUCACCACUGUCAUUACCACAACCACUACUUUCACAACCGUGACCGCAACAGCUUAG